AUGACAACGGUGAAAAAAGCAAAGAAGAAAUUGGAAAAUGAACGAGCUGAACAAGAAUUUGAGAUGGAAAAAUUGAAAGAAAAUGCGCAAAAAACAAUGACAAAAGUGGAGACACUGAAGGAAAGCUGUCGUGAGAAAGACAAAGAGAUUCGAAAGUUGGAGAAGAAACUGAAUCAAACAAUUGAGGAAUCAGAAAUAAAUAUAGCUGAGAUGAAAAAGAUUCACAAGCAAUCAAAGGACGAAUUGCAGAAUCGUUUUGAUGAAUUGAAAAAAGCUUAUCAAAAACUGGAAACAGAAAAUAAGACACAGAAGAUGAAACUUGAAUAUUCCGAAAAGGAACGAGAAUCUUCCGUUGAAUCAGAUUAUGUAUCUGGUGGUAGGCAAAGUCGUUUGGGUAGUCGACAGUACUCUUCCAGUUCAUUUGGAUCUAUUGGAUCGAUUCGUACAUUGAGUAGAAGAACAGUUGAACCAGAAAAUAAAUUUUCUUCUGGAUUUCGUAGUCCUUCUACAUUUUCACUGAGUUAUUAUUCGGGUGAUCCAUUCAAUCUCUCUAGGAGUUCAUCACAUAAUCAAUUUGCUAAUGAGCGAAAGAUUUCGCAAUUAGAAAGACAAAUCGUUUCCGCACACACCGAUGUACAAAUGAUGAAACGUGAAAUUGAAGUGUAUAAGUCAACCUUAGCAGAAAAUGAGAAGGAACGAGAUAUGUUAUCGCAAAAGACUCGUACAUUGGAUAUUUCUGUAAAAGAACUGGAACAAUCAUUAUCGGAUGAAAAAGGAAGAUGUCAUGAAUGUGAAUUACGCUUGAAGAAAACUCAAAAUGAACUGGAACAUGUACGGGAUAAGUACGAGAAAGCGGUGAAAGAUGGACAAACGGAACUUCUAGAAGAAAGAAGAAAAAUGAGGUUAAAAAUGGAUGCAUUAUUACGAGCAAAUGAGGUCAAAAAACGAGACGCCAGAGAUGAACAAGCAAUCGAAGAGUUACAAAAAGAACUUGCCAUUAAAACGUCAGAACUUAAUCGAGUUUUGGCACAAGUCAGUCAUCUCGAAAAUAUCAACAAAUCACAGGGUAUAUAUGGAGAAACAUGGGAACAUCAAUAUCGAAUGACAUUUACUGAAUUAGAAUCAUUACGUGACGAAAAUGCAAGCUUAAAAACAAAAAUACGUAGACAAUAUCGUGAAAUCGAACUUUUAAAACAGCAGUCAGAAAUGGAAGCAGAUGUUGCUAUGCUGGAAAGUAAAAUGGGUAUAUCGGGAACGAAUACAACGACAACAACAACAACAAUAACGGAAAGUCCGCAUGAUAAAUACGACUUAUCAGUUUGA